AUGUUCAGGGAGAGAUCUUUCCUCUCGGCCCAGGAGGUAACUAUUAUUCUCAAGGAACAGGAAGGACAGCACCAUCCGCCACCUCCAGAACCGCGUGCCUCCUCCGCGGGCGCUUACUACAAGGAAGGCGGAAACGAACCCACCCCACGAAAACGCAGAAAGGCUGUACAUCCAGGCGAUAACCCCGAUUACCAACAUCCGUCCAUAAAGCGCCCACCUCGUCGAAAUCCUCCUCGCGCAAAGGCAAAUCGGCCUGAGUCGCCCCUUGUGGAGGGAGCAGAUCCUGCACCAACCGCACGGGAAACGACAUCUGACAUUCUGACAUCUUCUGACCUCUCGGACUGCGAGAUCAACAUUCUAUUGCAUUGCCUCCCAAUGCUUUGUCACGGCCCGUCUUCCUAUCUUUCUGCACCUAUCGCUCCCGUCCCAGUACCCUGUCAACAAGCGCCCCAUAAGUUCUCGCAGCUUGGGUUUAGUAUAUUCCUGCCCUCGCAAUCAAUGGUGUACUUUAAGCUUUCAUCUCAAGCAUCGCCAUAUCUCAAUCUUCGAACACAAAACAGAUGGCUCGUUGGCUUUUCCGUUGUAUUCAUUCUUUUUGCGAUCGGAUUUUGCACCUCAUGUUUUGGUGACGUCUCUCGGGUAUACGCCACUGAGGAUAGCAACGCCUAUAUGAUCACUGACGCCUGGCCUGACGUGGAACAUGUCACGGGUGAGGACUCCAUCAUAUGCUCUAUGGACAUGGGCCAGACCUGGCACGCCUUUUCGCCCCAUCGUUCGCUCCGUGUGCAUACUGAAAUGCUCCGCCCCAAUGUGCCCCAUAGGAAGACGCAUAACGUUGGCAUCCAAUUUCGUCCCAAAGGCCUGACAACGGUCAAGGAUUUGACGUCUCUCCUCCUUGGCCAGGUUAUGCCACAGUCCCAACAACCCGGUAAAAGCCACAAUGUUUCUAUCUACCUUGACUUCGUCACCCUCAGGUGCCCCGGGUGGAAGCAAUCUAUAGCGCCGUAUUGCUGUGGAUUGCCAUCCGGAGGCACGAGGAUUGCUAUCCAGAACAAUGUGAAUUGCCAUCUGCAGGCACGUGGAUUGCCAUCCGGAGCACGGACUUCAGCGCAAGUCUUGCAAUCCUAUCUCGGCGAUGGUCCUCGUUGA